AUGAAGGGUCUUGGCCGGGCCGUCGUGGUGUCGCAGCAAAAGGUGCGAGAAGAACCGGGAAGAACAGACUGUAAAAAUAAGAAUAAGACAGCUGUCCUCCUCGCUACGGGGUUUCUUGACGACUCCACCGCGUUCGUGCUCGACUUUCCAGACCAAUGCGUGGGUUUCUUCCUCGCUGACAACUGCUAUGAUGUUUGGAUAGGGAAUUUCAGGGGAAGCACACUAUAUGGGAAACGAGCGAUCAAUGCAUCGCUUCAGGAGAGCCCAGAUUUCUGGGCUUUCUCUUUCCAUCAGUUCGGUGUGUACGAUCUACCUGCCCUCAUUGACCAUGUCCUGGUACAGACUUACCAGCAACAACUUUUGUAUGUUGGAAUGUUUCAAGCUGCAUUCAAUUUCUUAGUAAUGAUGUCGGAACGUCCAGAAUACAAUGACAAAGUGAAAGCAGCUCUCUUCCUCACUCCCCUCUACAGGGCUCAACAUGUCAGAUUUCCAUUUCCGAAGCUACUUUUCACGGUAGCCGAAGGUAUCACAGCAGCCAUGUACAAUGCUAACAACCGAGAAGCAUUUCCUAAAAAUACGCCUCUCAGUAUGAUGGCAUCUCAGGCAUGUGAGCAUGGGGACGACUUCUUAUGUGCCUGGGCGGCCGACGUUGCUCUAAAUUUAGAAAGCGAGCACUUGAAUAAGUCUAGGAUUUCCGUCUAUCUGUGCCAGAUACCCACUGGUACGUCGGUCUUGAACUUAGUACACGCCUACCAAGUGAGCGUCCGAAACAGCUUCCAAACCUUGGACUGCACACUCAUCGCAGAUAAGCCAGAGUUUUGUGGACCAGUCCGCAAAUAUAAAAUCAAAAACACCAAAGUCAGCGUGGGCAUAAUCCAUUCCACUGGUGAUACGCUGGUUCCUCCAGAAGACGUGAUGAUCCUUGUGUCAGAUCUCGGUGACGUCGUGAAGUUUAGGCACCAGAUCAACGACUCAAAUUUCGGCCAGUUGAACUUCAGAACUGCAGCAUUUAUUAUGAAGAAGUACGUUCUGAAGCCAAUGUUAAGUUUCUUUAGGCAGUAUGGAAAGUGACUGAACUUGUCGUGUCGGAUAAAAGUGCGCAUUGUUCAAUAAUCCGCACCUAGCAAAAAAUUUGUGGAAGAACUUUCUUCACGAAGUGGAUUGCAUAAUGUUCAUUUUGGAGACGGGAAUUAUGCUCUGAAUUAUAGAAAAAUAAUGACAAAUAUAAAAAUAUCCUAAACGA